AUGGGCAUUAUAGUAAUUGUAGUCUCAGCCUUCUUAGCUAAGAUUGACUGUACGUUAGGAAGAAAGUGGUCAAAACAACAAGUGCUGGACUCAGGGCUAAACUUUGCCCACUAUUUGCUCCGGGAAUGUGCUGUCCGUAAAGGAGAGGUCAUAUGUUUCGCGUCCAACAACUCCGACAUUCACGCCGUGGGUCUCAUCGGCUCUCUCGCCGCCGGACUUGUCUAUUGCUGUCUUGCAGAGCACUCAUCACUCGACCGGCCGACGGACCCCUCCAUCACAACGCCAGCCCUCGAAGACAUAUUCACUAAACAACGUGACUAUAGCCUACACCUACCGGUGCGGACACAACUCAACGAUACGGCCACAUACGGGCUGAGCAGUGGCAGCACCGGUGCUCCCAAGGCUAUCAUCAAAACCAAUGGCAAUCAUUUGGCAACAGUGGAGGCCUUACAGCACCGGGAGAUGCAAUGGAUGAACCAUGAUGAUAUCAUGUUAUCUAGCAACUUUUGUCACGCUUCCGGCCAGCGGUGCCUGUUUUCAGCCAUCAACGCCGGCGCGCAGUUGGCUAUCGUUCGGGUCGAUGAAAAUCUAGAUGAUAUUUAUGGCAAUAUUAAUAAGUAUGGCAUAACCACCGGGUUUCUGAUACCCACCCAGCUCAAUUAUUUGGCUAAAAAUUAUGAUAAAAUUGAUCGAGAUUAUUUGACAAGUCUACGCGAUGUGACUACAGGUGCGGCACCGAUAGCCGAGGCCACGUUCCGGUGCAUUCAGGACAAGUACGCAUUUAAAAAGUUUAGAAUGUGCUAUGGAAUGACCGAAGUAGGCUGGGUCAGCCAGGUCCCGGUGACUGGCUGCCACGCCUGUAGUGAUUACACUAAUGUCGGUAAAUUAACAUUUAACACUCGGCUGAAAAAAACACCAGGUUAUCUGAAUAACCCUGAUGAAAAUGCCAAAGUGUUUACCACCGAUGGCUUUCUCAAGAGCGGAGACAUUGGAUAUUAUGAUGAAAAUGGUUUCAUUUAUAUCGUCGGCCGAAUCAAAGACAUCAUUAAUGUUGAAAGGACAAUUGUAACGCCGGCCGAGAUUGAAAACGUAUUGCUAACCCAUAGGGAUGUAAUAAACGCCGCGGUGUUUGGGGUCAGGGAUGAGGACAGGGGUGAAGUUCCCAUGGCUUUUGUAACGCUAGCCCAGGGCUCGACUGUAUCGGCCCAAGAGAUUGUUGAUUACGUGGACUCGCGGGUCAAUUACUAUAAGAAACUUAGAGGUGGUGUACGUAUACUAAACUCGAUGCCCAUGACAUCGUUAAAAAAGAUUAACCGUGCUGAGUUGAAAAAGCUCAUAGUUGCAUAAUCAUAAUAUUAUAUUGUAAUUAAUGC